UUACACCUCAUCCUCUCGGUCUUCCUCUAGCAAAGAACACCCCUGUUCUAAUCUCAGCACAUCUGACGAAUAUAGUACCUUCAACCAUCUUCUCACAGCCGUCUGGCCCUCGUCCGCCGGAACGUCAACUCGUCGCUCCUGUUCCGAUGGCUUUCAACUCGGGAACGUCAGUUCGUCGCUUCUUGCUCUCGGCUUUCGUUCUGGUUCUGCUCUUGGACGUCGCAUAUGGCACCGACUGCUCCUCGUUCUGUGGGAAAUACCCAGACACGAAUUGCCUCCCCCAAUGUCAGACGUGCGAGGCGUCAACCAAACCUUUCCUGUGCAUCGCCAGCUUCGAGGAUCAAAGCGCGACGCACUGGCAGUGCAGUUACGCCUGCUGGCCGCGCACGCUGCUAUGGCUCGGAGUCUCUCUCGGCAUAAGCCUGAUCGUUCUCGUCGUCUUCUGCGUGUUGAGGCGCAACCGCCAGCAGGCCGAGGCGAAAUACGCCGCCAACGCCCCGCCCGCGGGGGCAGCCUACCCGCCACCUGGAGGCUAUCCGCCCGCAGUCAACGUGUAGCUAGUACCCAAAACUAGCUAACCCAGGAGCUCUCUCUCUGCAGAGGCAGAGAAGAGUCUCCUCAAUAAAGAGGCGAACAAUGAAGCGAACUAGCCUAAAUGCAACAAAAGGAAAGCUAUUAUCGGCCGCCUGUAUUGCCUUGCUUUACUAUUGUGAUUUGGUUCG